AUGACCACCACAAACACAACAGGCCUACCGUCGAAGGCCAUCGAGCACUUCCCCGUGGUGAUCAUCGGCGCUGGAAUCGGAGGCCUCACCCUAGGGGCAUUACUGCAUGAUCUCGACAUCGCCUUCGUUGUCCUGGAGCGCGCUCCAGUUGUGACGCCCCAGGGUGCCGGUAUCUCUCUGGCCCCCAAUUGUCUACGCGUGUUGGACCAGCUGGGACUAUACCAGGCCAUCCAAGCUCAUUCCCAGGAACUGCUGGGGAUUCGAGUGUACCGUGAACAGAACUGUUGGGGGACCAUCAACUUUGGCCUGGCUAAACGGUGGUUCGGAUAUAACGUCCAUUCUAUCGAGCGGCAUGAAUUCCACCGCUAUCUAUACGAGGCUGCCGGGGGCGCAGAGAGUGUGCGACUAAGGUGGAACGUAGUCAAUAUUGUCGAUAAAGCUGAUAGGCAGACUCCGGUUCGCGUGGAGAGUGACGAUGGACGAGUGAUCACAGCCGACCUGGUCGUGGGUGCUGAUGGGAUUCGCAGCGCCACUCGUCGCAUUCUCGCCAGUGCCAAUGGCCUGAAGGCGCAAAAUACCAUCCGCUUCACUGGCCGUGUCCAUAUGUCAGGAUACACCAAAUCCCUAGAACAUCUGACCACGCAGGACCUUGGUAUCGGUCACUGGAUGCUGUAUAACGACUCCAGUCUGACGACCUGGCCAUGUCAGGAGAAUCGACAGUGGUUCAUCGGAGUCAAGCUUGCCAACCUCGCCCCGGGAGAGGUACCUGACCGAUCUGUCUGGAAGACAGCCACCCCUGACACCGUCAAUGGAGAGUAUGGCGCAAAAUUCCAUCCAUUCGGUCAAGAUAAAACAGUCAAAUCAAUCGUGGAUCAAGCCGAGCGAGUGAUCGCCAGUAAUGUCUUCGAGGAAGUCGAUUUCCCCCAUAUGGCCAAAGGACGAAUUGCGUUACUAGGUGAUGGUGAGUUUACCACAGCCUCAUCUUUCUCGAUGCUUUCUGACGAGAUUCCAAGCGGCGCAUUCUAUGACCUCCUUCUUCGGCCAAGUAUAUCCCCCCCUCCUAAUCCUCUUAUCUCCUCCUGUAUGAUCCUAAGAAUUAUCCAGGGAGCCUGUCAAGCGAUUGAGGACGCCACAGUUCUUGCCGACUCAAUCGUCGACUUUCUCGAGGGCACUCCCAACGCACUGGAGUCCUACGCUCGCGCACGCGAGAGCCGUGCUCAGGAAGUCGCCUCCUUCUCGGCACGGUACGCACAGAUUCACACGGCAAAGUUGCCGCUGGGGAUGGGGAAACUUGUUCGGUCGAUUAUCUACCAGUGGAUGCCGAGUAGUGCUUGGAUGUGGUAUUUGCAGUGGCUGUAUGGGCACCAGCCGGUGUCGAAGAAGUUGGAGGCACGACGGAGAGCAGAGGUAGGUGGGAAGAAGAAUGAUUGA